GAAAUACUAAGGGCACUGAAUCCCCCCAGCAGAGUAACACAGCAGCAGAUAUCUACAGUUUCGCAAUUAUCCUACAUGAGAUAUGUUACCGACAAGGAACUUUUAAUGUCUCCAAUAUGAACUACAGAGAUAUAAUUGGCCGUGUCAGAAAUGGAGAAUCAAUACCAUUCCGUCCCACUCUCAAUGCAGAAAUCGGCUCCUUAAACGACCCUGACCAUGUUUUGAAGAAUUUGAUGGAAAUUUGUUGGGCUGAAGAUCCAAAUCAAAGACCAGAUUUUGUAACCAUCAAAUCUUACUUGAAAAGUCACACUAAAGAAGUUACAGGAAAUAUUAUGGAUAACGUCCUUAAAAAAAUGGACCGUUACACAUCAAACCUGGAGACAAUGGUUGAACAGAGAACUCAGGCUUUGGAAGAAGAGAAAAAGAAGACAGAAAACCUGUUGUAUCAGCUAUUACCAAGUUCCAUUGCUGACAAACUGAAAGCUGGAGAGAAAAUCACCCCAGAAGUUUACGAUUCUGUCACCAUAUUUUUCUCUGAUAUCAUUGGUUUCACUCAGCUGUCAUCAGUCAGUACCCCCAUGGAGGUUGUCAAUCUGCUCAAUGAUCUUUACACCGUUUAUGACAACAUCAUCAGUAAGCAUGAUGUAUACAAAGUGGAAAUUAUUGGUGACGCUUAUUUAGUUGCCAGUGGACUACCUCACAGGAAUGGAAAUAGACACUCGAGUGAAAUCGCCGAUAUGUCAUUAUUUGUGGUUAGCGCAAUGUUAUCUUUCAAAGUGGCGCACAUGCCAAACCAUAAACUACAGGUCCGUAUUGGGCUUCAUACAGGUCCUUGCUGUGCAGGAAUCGUUGGUAUUAGAAUGCCGAGAUAUUGUUUAUUUGGAGACACAGUCAACACAGCUUCACGAAUGGAGUCUACGGGACAAGGAAUGAGAGUUCACAUUACAGAGUCAACAAAGAAUUCUUUGCUUGACAACUCUGCUGACUAUAUUAUUUCUAGCCGAGGCAAAACAAUGAUUAAGGGUAAAGGUUUAAUGCAAACUUACUGGUUGAAUGGCAAGCGAGGAUUUAGCCAGCAGCUUCCAUUGGUUUCGGAAUUUAACGAUACAGAAUCAACCUUAUAUUCUACGAACUGUUUGCAAUACAGUAAAAGUGUCCAAGUACCACCAUUGCCUGAAGACUCAGCCAAUGUACCAGGAAGUAUUGACCAGAAUCAGUUCGAGUAAGAAAAAGAAAACUGUUCAGUAAA